CUGGUGUAGAAGUAGUUAGGGAGAAUCAGUAGAGAUGAGUGAGGUUGUUUCUUCUUGUGUCACCAAAUCAAACCCAUCAACUGUUUCUGACAGCCCGGUAACUGAUCCAGGAUCUGCAAUUAAGAAUGUGGAUUCUGGUGCUUCUUCAUUUGUUGGUCAGAGAAAACUGGAAUCGAAAUCAACCAGUGCAUUGAAAAAAUCAAGUAGGUAUCGAAGUCGUUCUUUGUCAGCAUCUUCUACUGAUUCUUAUAGUUCUGCAUCUUAUACAGGUAGUAGUUCUGAAGAAGACGAUGUUUCGCCAAGGCAAAGGCUUCAGGUUGCUUCUAGUGGAUUUUCAGAUUUCUGUGUCAAAAACAUAAAAGAACAUGCAUUUGGGCGAAGAGAAAUUGAAAUAGCUGAACAAGAGAUGCCUGGAAUAAUGGCCUUAAAAAAGAGAGCAGUUGAAGAUAAACCAUUGAGGAAUGCGAAGAUUGUUGGAUGUACCCAUAUAAAUGCUCAGACUGCUGUGUUAUUGGAGACUCUCGUUGAAUUAGGAGCCCAAGUCAGAUGGUCUGCAUGUAAUAUUUACUCCACACAGAAUGAGGUGGCUGCAGCUCUUGCAGAAGCAGGCUUUCCAAUAUUUGCUUGGAGAGGUGAAACCGAAGAGGAUUUCUGGUGGUGUAUUGACAAGUGCAUAAAUGCAGAAAAUUGGCAGCCCAACAUGAUACUUGAUGAUGGUGGAGAUGCCACUCAUUUAAUGCUCAAAAAAUACCCAGGACUAUUUAAAGCUAUUAAAGGGAUUGUAGAAGAAAGUGUUACAGGAGUACAUCGAUUAUAUCAACUUUCAAAAUCAGGCAAACUUAAUGUACCAGCAAUGAAUGUGAAUGACUCUGUUACAAAAAUGAAGUUUGAUAAUUUAUAUAGCUGCCGUGAAUCCAUUUUAGAUAGUUUAAAACGUUCUACUGAUGUUAUGUUUGGUGGAAAGCAAGUUGUUUUAUGUGGAUAUGGUGAAGUUGGAAAAGGUUGUUGUCAAGCAUUGAAAGGGCUAGGAUGCAUUGUAUACAUCACAGAAAUAGAUCCAAUAUGUGCCCUUCAAGCUUGUAUGGAUGGUUUUCGAGUGGUAAAGCUUAAUGAAGUUAUUCGUACAGUUGAUAUUGUCAUAACUGCAACAGGAAACAAGAAUGUUGUUACCAGGGAACAUAUGGAUAAAAUGAAAAAUGGAUGUGUUAUCUGUAAUAUGGGACACUCAAAUACUGAAAUUGAUGUUAAUAGUUUAAGAACUCCAGAUCUUACUUGGGAAAAGGUUCGUUCACAAGUGGAUCAUGUGAUAUGGCCUGAUGGAAAACGAAUAGUUCUUUUAGCUGAAGGACGCCUUGUUAAUUUAUCUUGUUCCAGUCUCCCUUCAUUUGUUGUCUCUAUCACAGCUGCCACUCAGGCUUUAGCGCUUAUUGAACUUUUUAAUGCCCCAACUGGUAGAUAUAAAUCAGAUGUUUAUCUGCUUCCCAAAAAAAUGGAUGAAUAUGUAGCAAGCUUACACUUGCCUACUUUUGAUGCUCAUUUGACAGAAUUAAGUGAUGAUCAAGCUAAAUAUAUGGGCUUAAAUAAAGCUGGGCCUUUUAAGCCUAAUUAUUACAGGUAUUAGUUAUACAAUUUGGUUUUCUGUUGUUAGAAAGCCUCCGUUCUAGGUAUAGAGAUGUCAGCCAUUUUCUAAAUUGCAUUUUUCAAUACAUUAUUAUAAUUGUUAGUUAUAUGUUGAUAAUAAUUUAUUUAUAGUACUAAUCCUUCUACAUUCCAUUAAUUUGUCAGAAAAAAAUAUUCAUUUGUUAUAAGUUUUCUUUGUUAGUCAAAUAUAUUUGUCAAGGGUGCCAUCUACUGUCCUAAGUGUUGUUUAUUUCUAAAUAUUUUAUUAUUUUUAAAAGUGUAAGUCUAUAUUCUAUAGAUGAAUAUUAUGUUACGUAUUGACCUAAUGAAUAAAAAUUUUAAUUAUAAGAAUGAUUUUUUAUAAACAAAUUAAGAAUUUAUGUUGUUUCCAAGACAAAAUUGAUCAAAUUUAGCCUUUAUCAUAAGAUUUGCAUACCACGGUUAGGACUCUAUAAUCUCAAGAACAACUAUCAGUAAGAGCACCAUAUCUUAGGUUUGCCUUUUUUUCAUUAACUACUCUGAUUUAUCCUAAACCUUUUGUUUGAUUCUUUUUGGAAUGUUUUUAAAUUAUGUUUCGUCUGUUUUGUACGUAUCUUAUUAAAGAAAUUGAAUAUUUAAUGGUUUUCAGCUAUUGGAGCUUUAUAAUAGGGACUUUCGCCAGUAUUUGACAUGCCUUUACUCUCAUAAAUUCAAAAAGAUAUAUUCAAUAUAACGGGUCUUAAAAAUGGGACCAUUCACUACUGUCUCGUUAAAAAAACUUAAAUUUUUUUAAAUAGUAUAUUUUGUUGAAUCUUAAUAGUUUGUGUUAAAAUAAAAUAAUUCUUUGCAUUCAUAUUAGAUAUUUUUGACAUUCUAUACCUCUCUAUAAUAUUAAAGUCAUCUACCUCAUUGGCUUAUAGCUCAUAGGGGUCUAUUUAAGAGAAUUUUCACUGUAUAUUUAUUAUUAUUUGUUCUAAUUCAUUUUAUUUAUUUCUUUAUUGUGGAAGGAUUAGUAGAGAAAUAAGUAGUAAGGAUUAAUCCAGGACAUAAUUAAUUAAGAACUUUGUGAUUUUAUGAUUUUUAUAUUGUGCUGUUUUCAUGUCCCAAAUGAAUUUUCUUUGUAACAGAGAAGUGUAUUACACAUUUAAUGUAUAAAAUUAUUUUACAAUAUCAUAUUGUUGGCUACCUGGAUUAUGGCAUUUUUACAUUUCUUUAUCUUAUCAGGGAAGAAAUAUAUAUUAAGACAGUAUUAACUGUAUUAAAUUAUGUGUAGUAUAGUGGAAAAGAUGAUAUUAUUUUUGUCAAGUUGUUAUAUGAAACAAAUGUGUAUACUUUUUAGUUAUAGUUCAUAUUCAACCUUUCUGAGAUCUGUGAUUUGUACACAUAGAAUCAAAUUAUCUUCUCAGGUGGUCAAUACUACAUAUUUUUGGCCUUAUUUGCUAUUUAAAAAUAUAGAAAUUAUAAUGAACUUUAAAACAUGAAUUUGUAAAUUUUUGUUUAAAUUUGUAGUGAUGUUUUCAGUACUGUAAUAUUUAAUUAUAUAUUAAAAUGUGUUCAUAAUUUAUGCUAAAAAAUAAGAAUUACAAUAAAUAGCUAGUUAAAAAAUAAAUGCAUAACUGUUUAA